AACACAACAAACAAACAACAUUCGAAGUUGACAUUUGUCCGCGUAGCAAGUGAAAGUGUCACGUCGGUGUUUUUGCUGUCUGAAAUAUUUUCGAAUAGACUUAUCAAAAUCUUAUUGGCAACUUUUUGAUUUAGGUUAUUACCGGGAAAAUGGGUGUCAAACCUGCAAUUGGAAGAAAAUCUAACAAGAACCCACCAAUUUUUAGUCAUGACUUUGUAAUUCAGAACCAUGCUGACAUAGUUUCAUGUGUUGUUAUGUUAUUUUUGGUGGGAUUGAUGGUGCAGUCUACAAGUCCCGUUGCAAGUUUAUUCAUCAGUCUGCACCAUAAUGUCAGUGGAGUUGAGCCAACUAGAGAUGCACCAAGAGGAGAGCCUUUCACUUACGAAGCUGGCUGGAAGGAUGCCUGUGCGGUCUUCUUUUACUCCCUAGUCUGUAUCGUAAUGCACGCCAUUCUACAAGAGUAUUUCUUAGAUAAAAUAUCAAAAAAGUUUCACUUGUCCAAGUCAAGGUUAAGUGCUCUGAAUGAGUCAGGUCAAUUGGUGGUAUUCCACCUCGUGAGCUUGGUGUGGGGUGGUGAUGCUAUUCUCCGUGAAGGAUUUAUGUUUAACAUAUCACAACUGUGGGAUCGUUACCCUGAGCACCCAAUGAGCUUCCUUUUGAAGCUUUGGUGGAUAGUUCAAGCUGCUUACUGGCUCCACACCAUCCCAGAACUUUACUUCCAGCGUAUCAAGAAGGAUGAGUGGGCCGCACGAAUCAGACACGCAGCUGGUGCAUUUGGCUUUGUAGCUUUGGCAUACGGAUUUAAAUUUCAGCGUGUGGGUGUUUGCUUGGUAGUUCUGCACUCGUUGGCAGAGUUUGUCGCACAUGUGUACCGCCUCAACACCAUCCUCAGAGGAGAACGGGAAGAUAUUUUAGACAAAUUCUUGAGCCUGGUGAACGGCGCGGUGUUCGUGUCGGUGCGACUGUGCUCACUGGUGCUGGGCGUGCUCACCUUCUACUUCGGUCUGGCGGGCGCCGCGCCGCUGUUAGUGCGCGUUGGCGCUCUCUCUCUUCUGGUCUCCUUCCAGGUAUAUUUAAUGUACAACUUCAUCUCUGAAGCGAUCAAACAGAGACAAGAGUCCAGGGCGGUGGCGCAAAGUAAACCCAAGAAGGAGAAGAAGGAAAAGCCCAAAAAAGAGAAAGUUAAGAAAGCACCGGUGGACGAAUCAGACCUGCCCGAGGUGGAUCAGAACACCAACAAAACCCUUAGACAACGACAGGCGCCCGCCGCCAAAGCCAAGUGAGGUCACACUCUGGCCACCUUCUCUCUAUUAUUUCUAUAAGGUUGUCUUCAUCGCAUCCAGUCCUUCCACUACACUUUAUUUUCUGCCUUCAUUGUUUUCUAAAUGUCGGUCGAUACUGAAGCACAAAUACCGGUCGUCUUAUUUAUUUUUUAUAUGACACGAUUUUUCGUUGAAACUCCCAAGAUUGUGAUGAAAUUUUAUAAACCUAUAUUUCAGACUGUAAUGCUAUUGUCAUUAAAAGUAUAGUGGAUACAGGGUUGUAAAAAUAUCUCCUAAAGUGUAAAAAUAAAAAAGAAGUAUAGGUUAAAAUGUUGUUUAUAUGAAUAUAUUGAAUAAGGUUUAUGAAGUACUGUGUGUUCAUACACAUUAAAAGAUGAAAAAUUCCAUUUUUGUGUUUGCAUUUUAACUUUUAUAUUUGUCUGUGUUACGCAGAAUUCCAAAACAGAUAACAUUUUAAAAUAUUAAUAUUUUAUUUUUAUAGGGUUGAUUAUGAAAAAUAUAUUUUAACACUACAAGAUUUUUUUGACAUAAUUUAGGUGCUCAUGAAUUUUUACCUAGUUUUUUAUCUAUUUUAAAAAAUGCGUUUGAGCUAAGGCAAAAUUAGUCUUGUUUAGACAUUAAUUUCUCGUGUCUACGUCGUUGAUAUGUUUUAAUUUGUACUGUAUGUGAGACAAAAAUAAUGAAAUUUAUUCUUCCUAACGAGAACAUAUGCUCAUAAAUUAUUAUAUAAUUUUCAUGAGGAUUGUCAAUUUUAAAAGCUUGAUGUUAUUUUUAUUUCAAAAUAAAUUUUAUAAUGAA